AUGGCAUCAAGUAAUAUUGUUGAAGAACAACAAAUACAAAAUGAUAUUGAAAAUUCAGAAGAUGAUGAAGUAGAUGAAACUGGCAAAGUCGAUGAUCAAUCAGUAACAAAAACAAAAAAGAAACGAAAGAAAAAGAAGAAAAGCAAAGGUCAAAAUGGUACAAAUGAUGAUAAUAAUGCAGAGAUAGAUCCUGUUCAAAAUGGAACACAAGCAAUAUCUACGUUAUCUAUUCAACAAGAUGAUGAUGACAAAGAAGAAGAAGAAGUUGGUGAAGGUGAUGAAGUAAAAUCUGCAACGAAAAAGAAAAAUAAAAAGAAGAAAAAAACUACCACACCAGUAGCAAAUAGUACUUCUACAACUGCAUCUAGUCGUCAACAAACAAAUCCUCCAUCAAUACCUAUUUGUGAAUUAUAUCCAAAUGGAAAUUUUCCUGAAGGACAAAUUCUUACGCAUCCAACACCAAAAAAUCCACCAGCAGAUGGAACGCUUGCUAUAAAUCGUAUGACAAGUGAAGAAAAACGUAUGCUUGAUAUGGCUCAAAUAGAAAUCUAUCGUGAAUUACGUCAAGCAGCUGAAUGUCAUAGACAAACAAGAAAAUGGGUUAUGAGUUGGAUUGAACCCGGCAUGAAAAUGAUCGAUAUUUGUGAACGAUUAGAAGAUAUGAACAGAAAAUUAAUUAAAGAAAAAGGUCUUGAUGCUGGUUUAGCAUUUCCAACGGGUUGUUCAUUAAAUCAUUGUGCUGCUCAUUAUACACCAAAUAAUGGUGAUAAUACCAUACUUCAACAUGAUGAUGUAUGUAAAAUUGAUUUUGGUACACAUAUAAAUGGUCGAAUUAUUGAUUGUGCAUGGACACUUGCAUUCAAUCCAAAAUAUGAUGAAUUACUUAAAGCUGUUCGAGAAGCAACAAAUACAGGAAUACAAACAGCUGGUAUUGAUGUACGUUUAUGUGAUAUUGGUGAAGCAAUUCAAGAAGUAAUGGAAAGUCAUGAACUUGAACUUGAUGGAAAACUUUAUCCAAUCAAAUCUAUUCGUAAUCUCCAAGGUCAUCUUAUUGGACAAUAUCAUAUUCAUGCUGGUAAAUCAGUACCUAUUGUUAAAGGUGGUGAAGGAACUCGUAUGGAGGAAGGUGAAAUAUACGCUAUUGAAACAUUCGGUAGUACAGGUAAAGGUGUUGUACAUGAUGAUAUGGAAGUAUCACAUUAUAUGAAAAAUUUUGAUGCUGAACAAGCAUCUGUUAGAAAUACUAAAGCUAAACAAUUAUAUAAUACAAUAACAAAAAAUUUUGGUACAUUAGCUUUUUGUCGUCGAUGGUUAGAUCGUUUAGGUGAAAGUAAAUAUUUACUUUCAUUAAAAAGUCUUGUUGAUGCUGAAGUUGUUAAUCCAUAUCCACCAUUAUGUGAUAUAAAAGGUUGUUAUACAGCACAAUUCGAACAUACAAUUAUAUUAAGACCUACAUGCAAAGAAGUUGUUAGUCGUGGUGAUGAUUAUUAA